UGACAAUGGCACAACCUUUUGCUCGAAAACUUCUUGUAGUUGGUGGGAGCGGAUUCUUGGGUCAGAGUGUUUGUCAAAUGGCAGUUAGAAAAGGGUGGGAGACGAUCAGUUUAAGUCGGAGAGGGGAGCCUAUUUCUUUCAGCGAAAAAGGAAGGCCUGAAUGGGCAGAAAAUGUGAAGUGGGCGUCUGGAAAUUCAUUGGAGCCGAACACAUUUAAAGAUGUGCUUCAUGGUGUUACUGAUGUGGUUCACACAGUUGGGAUACUUUUAGAAAGUGAUUACAAGGCUGUAAUUCAAGCAAAGACAACAUGUGAUGCAGCCAAGGGAGUAGCAAAUGUAUUGGCUGAGGUAGCUGGUAUGAAAGACGAUGGGAAUCCUCUGGAUCCUAAAAACCAACAAAGAGCAGGAUCUGCGACAUAUGAAACUAUGAACAGGGAUACAGCCAUUUCUGUUGCCAAAGAGGUCAUGAGACUGCCUUCCCUGGAUUCCUUUGUAUACAUAUCUGCUUCUGAUGUAUUUCCACUGGUCAAUCCUCGCUACAUAACAACCAAACGUGAAGCCGAAUCCUUUUUACUUUCUCACCGUAGUAUACGCUCAAUUGUCCUUCGACCAGGGUUCAUGUACAGUGACCAGCGACCAGCAGCAGCCUUUAUGGCAACAAAUCUUCAACUAGUUAACACAAUCACUAGCCCUAUUUCAAAGGGAUUAAGAAGUCUGCCAUUCGGAAAAGUGCUUACUACACCACCUCUCCACAUUAACACAGUAGCAGCAGCGGUUAUAUCUAGUAUUGAGAACUCUGAAACUAAAGGCAUUUUUGAUGUUCAAAGUAUUCAAGAGAUGGCAGUUCGAUACUAAACUUAUAUAUUGUGAUAUGCAUCUAAACCUAACUAAGUCUAUAAAUAAGUAAAGGUUGAACUGGUGCCUACAUGC